AAGAAAGAAAAGAAAAUAACAGCAAAAGAAAAGAAAAAGGGAUAAAAAGCCUACCUGGGCUGUGGGAUCCAAUUCGGCCCACUUUACUGUUUUCCCCGCGCAGCCCGUCAUCCUGUUCCACACCGUUUUGCUGGUGUCGCCGUUGUGUGGGGCUGUCCGUGUCAGCCUCGCGGCUUACUCAGGGGCGCCAUUUACCUCUCACUGACACAGGGGUCGACUCGUCAGAUCUUCCACCUCCCAACAGAACUGAUGCCGAAGUCUUCGGCCGCGUGACCGGCAUCCGCGAUUUGGACGGCGCCCCUUCCAACCGUCUACCCUAGGUACAUAAAAGGGUCCAGCCGCAUCCUCCCUUGGCCAUUGGGGCUUGUAGGAGUAGCUUGCCAUGUGAAUGAGGGCGCCAUUACCGGGCACAGGGAGGUGGGAUGAGAGUGAAAGAGUCGUCGCAUGGAUCCGGCCGCCGACCCCCUACGUUCCUUCGCCGUCCUCGGGCUGGCGGCAACCACUGCCGCAGCCAACUCCGGCUUCGCGGACUCCAACCCGAUCCGUCCUGUCACCGUCCGCGCGGCCUCUGCGCUCUUCCACCGUCUUCGUCGCGCUCGGCCGCACCCGCGACGCGCUUCGAUUCGCCAUCCUCGAUACACCUGGUGCAGGCCUGGGUGUUGCGACUUGCCGCUGGGGGGUUCUCGUGGAUUCACUAGCAAGGUUACCCUCGGAUGCUCGCCCAGUUUCUCAUCAGAGCUUCAACUCCGUCGUGUGCCGCACCGUGCCGUAUGAGGCUCUUUGGACUUGUGUCUGCAUCCGACGAGCAAGCUACAGAGGAUUCUGGGGUUCAGCUGGUAGAGACUGCUGAGCAGGAGCUCGUUGAAGGCAAGUU